UUGCCUUUGGGAAGAAUGUCACAUCUUUACAAUGGGGGUGCGCCAGUUGUUUUUGCUAUGGUACUGUAUGUGAUCAGUCUCCAGGUUGAAGCGAAUCUACUGCCUUGGCUUUAUCAUGAGGAGGAGGACCGUUCAGGUAUUUCUGACCGGUCAUCUGUAUAUAAACCACUAGGGGAGGGCCACACUGGGGAUUCUUUCGGUAGCUCCUGGUCACAGAGACUUUGGAACUCUGCUCAGGAACCUAUUGGUAAAGUGUUCCGCAAGCCUGCCCAAGAGCCUGCUCUCUCUCAGUCCAAGCAAACACUGCAAGAGCCCAAAAAGCAGCCGUCAUGGAAGUACCCAUGGAUGCCAGAGGAACUCACGAGUCCCGAGGUGCCGGUUGUGCCGGUCCCAGCCGACUCUGUGGCUGUGAGGUGCGGCGAGAAUAACAUACUGGUGGAAGUGAACCAGGACUUCUUUGGCACUGGACAGCUGAUUGAACCAGGUGAUAUCCGUCUUGGUGACUGUUUCAUGACUUCGGAUGAUAUCUCAUCUCGGGUUCUAGUGUUUGACUCUGAAUUGCACCGAUGUGGAAGCAGGCUCCAGAUGAUUGAGGAUGAACUGGUGUAUACUUUCACCCUCGUGUAUGCACCCCAAGCCCUCGGUGCAUCUCCUAUUGUAAGAACAAACAGUGCUACAGUUGACACAGAAUGCCGUUACUCAAGGGUGCAUAAUGUGAGCAGUGAUGCCCUCAGACCAACUUGGGUCCCUUAUGCUGCCACUAAAGUUGCUGAGGAGGGCCUGACCUUCUCCUUACUCAUGACAGAUGACUGGAAGUUUGCGCGGCCCUCCAACACCUACUACCUGGGAGACACCAUGCAUAUAGAAGCCUCAGUGAUCCAGUACAACCAUGUGCCGUUGCACGUGUUUGUCCCCUCCUGUGUGGCUACUGCAGUCCCUGAUAUGAACGCAUUACCCAAAUAUUCAUUCAUUGAGAACCAUGGGUGUCUCGUUGAUACCACGCUGACCGGCUCCAGGUCUCGCUUCCUGCCCAGGCCUCAGGAUGACAAGCUGCGGUUUGAGCUGCAGGCCUUUACAUUUGGACCAGGAGACGGAGACAGUAUCUAUAUUGCCUGCCAGCUGGUGGCAACCACAGCAUCAACAAUGUCCAACCACAAGGCUUGUUCCUUCUCUAAUGACCGAUGGACUUGUUCUGAUGGCAUGGAUGAGAUGUGUGUCUGCUGUGACUCUACGUGUGGAACAGAAGGGGCUGCAGAUGGACAGUGGGAAUCGGAGGCGCUCUUGGGGCCAGUAAAGGACAUUGACGUUGCCUUAGUGGAGAGUAAAGCUCAGAUCUUAGCAAUGGGAUAUCUAGUCUGUCCUAGUGUUAUUUUGGUGCUAUUUGCAAUUACUCUCCAAACUGAAGCUAAUCGAUUGCCUUGGUAUGGUCCUUUGGGGAACGAAUACAGAUCGAAUUUUGGUGGUUUUCCAUAUUCUCCACUAGAUGACAACCACACUAAGGAAUCCCUCAAUGGAUUUUUGCCACAGCAUCCCCAGAGUGCUAAUCCAGAACCUGUAAGUGAAGCACUCCGCAAUGGAUUUUUGCCACAGGAUCCCACGAGUGAUGAUCCAGAACCUGUAAGUGAAGCACUCCGCAAUGGAUUUUUGCCACAGGAUCCCACGAGUGAUGAUCCAGAACCUGUAAGUGAAGCACUCCGCAAUGGAUUUUUGCCACAGGAUCCCACGAGUGAUGAUCCAGAACCUGUAAGUGAAGCACUCCGCAAUGGAUUUUUGCCACAGGAUCCCCAGAGUGAUCCAGAACCUGUACGUGAAGCGCUCUGCAAUGGAUCUUUGCCACAGGAUCCCCAGAGUGAUGAUCCAGAACCUGUACGUGAAGCGCUCCGCAAUGGAUCUUUGCCACAGGAUCCCCAGAGUGAUGAUCCAGAACCUGUACGUGAAGCGCUCCGCAAUGGAUCUUUGCCACAGGAUCCCCAGAGUGAUGAUCCAGAACCUGUACGUGAAGCGCUCCGCAAUGGAUCUUUGCCACAGGAUCCCACGAGUGAUGAUCCAGAACCUGUAAGUGAAGUACUCCGCAAUGGAUUUUUGCCACAGGAUCCCACGAGUGAUGAUCCAGAACCUGUAAGUGAAGCACUCCGCAAUGGAUUUUUGCCACAGGAUCCCCAGAGUGAUCCAGAACCUGUACGUGAAGCGCUCUGCAAUGGAUCUUUGCCACAGGAUCCCACGAGUGAUCCAGAACCUGUAAGUGAAGCGCUCUGCAAUGGAUCUUUGCCACAGGAUCCCCAGAGUGAUCCAGAACCUGUACGUGAAGCGCUCUGCAAUGGAUCUUUGCCACAGGAUCCCACGAGUGAUGAUCCAGAACCUGUACGUGAAGCACUCCGCAAUGGAUUUUUGCCACAGGAUCCCCAGAGUGAUCCAGAACCUGUACGUGAAGUGCUCCGCAAUGGAUCUUUGCCACAGGAUCCCACGAGUGAUGAUCCAGAACCUGUAAGUGAAGCACUCCGCAAUGGAUUUUUGCCACAGGAUCCCACGAGUGAUCCAGAACCUGUAAGUGAAGCGCUCUGCAAUGGAUCUUUGCCACAGGAUCCCCAGAGUGAUCCAGAACCUGUACGUGAAGCGCUCCGCAAUGGAUCUUUGCCACAGGAUCCCACGAGUGAUGAUCCAGAACCUGUACGUGAAGCACUCCGCAAUGGAUUUUUGCCACAGGAUCCCACGAGUGAUCCAGAACCUGUACGUGAAGCGCUCCGCAAUGGAUCUUUGCCACAGGAUCCCACGAGUGAUCCAGAACCUGUAAGUGAAGCGCUCUGCAAUGGAUCUUUGCCACAGGAUCCCCAGAGUGAUCCAGAACCUGUAAGUGAAGCACUCCGCAAUGGAUUUUUGCCACAGGAUCCCCAGAGUGCUAAUCCAGAACCUGUACGUGAAGCGCUCCGCAAUGGAUCUUUGCCACAGGAUCCCCAGAGUGAUCCAGAACCUGUACGUGAAGCGCUCCGAAAGCCGGUUCAGCAGCCUGUCCCGUUUCAGUCCCAGCAAAAACUAAAAACUCCUGUGAAGCAGCUGAAAUGGACGUUCCCCAAGAGACCAGAGAGACCAGUAGAGCCUAAGGUACCGUUUGUCCCCGACGUGCCGAUACCAGCCAAUUCUGUGGAAGUGUGGUGUGGAGAGGCUCAUGUGCAAGUGGCGGUGUGUCGCGAUUUCUUUGGCACUGGCCAGCCAAUCCAAUCAACAGAUGUGUAUCUCGGUGACUGUGUUUUCACAGAGGAGGACCCCUCUGCACAGCUUUUGAUUUUAGAAUCUGAACUGCAUGGCUGUGGCAGCAGGCUUCAGAUGACUGAGGAUGAACUAGUGUAUACCUUCACAGUUAUGUAUGUGCCUAAAGUUCUUUCUGGAACUUCAAUCAUGAGGCUGAAUAGUGCUGCUGUUGAUAUCAGAUGCCAUUAUCAAAGGGAGCAUAAGGUGAGCAGUGAUGCCCUCAGGCCAACCUGGUUCCCUUAUGCCGCCACUAAGGUUGCUAAGGAAGUCCUGGUCUUCUCCUUGAGACUCAUGACAGAUGACUGGAAGUUUGAGCGUGCCAGCAACACCUACUACCUUGGAGACAUCCUGCACAUUGAAGCCGCAGUGAUCCAGUACAACCACGUGCCGUUGCGUGUGUUUGUCCACUCCUGUGUGGCCACUGCAGUCCCUGAUAUAAACGCAUUGCCCAGAUAUUCAUUCAUUGAGAACCAUGGGUGUCUCGUUGAUGCCAAGCUGACCGGCUCCAGGUCUCGCUUCCUGCCCAGGGCUCAGGAUGACAAGCUGCGGUUUGAGCUGCAGGCCUUUACAUUUGGACCAGGAGACGGAGACAAUAUCUAUAUUGCCUGCCAGCUGGUGGCAACCACAGCAUCAACAAUGUCCAACCACAAGGCUUGUUCCUUCUCUAAUGACCGAUGGACUUGUUCUGAUGGCAUGGAUGAGAUGUGUGUCUGCUGUGACUCUACGUGUGGAACAGAAGGGGCUGCAGAUGGAGAGUGUGAAUCGGAGGCGCUCUUGGGGCCAGUAAAGGUCAUCGACGCAUACUGAAAUGUUAUGCAAAUAUCUACAUUUUAAAUAAAAAUGACAUAUCUACAUGA